UCCACCUGUCAGGGAUGAAACUUCAGGGAUGCUCUUCCUGGAGUGGCAGCAGGAGGAGAACAGAGGAGAAGAUGGAGACUGGACGGAGAUCUACAAGUUCACCCUGGACCCUCGUCGCUUGGAGGACUACGCAGAGAUGUGUCAGUUCCACCAGAGCUCUCCAUGCUCUUUCUUCUUCUGCAAGUCCCUGUGCACCAUCCUCACCCCCGAGGGGAGGCUCACCUACAUCGGCCGCAGACUGAUCACCACCACGUUCCCAAAAGAGGGGUCUGUGCUGGAGACCUCCACCAGGGAUCUGCAGGACGACGAGAUACCCGGCGUUCUCAAGGAGAAGUUUGGAAUUGUGCUAAAAUCUCCGCUCAUACCAAAGGAUGAGCCGAUGACACCACUUCCAGUCAUCUAUUGAUCUUCUUUACACCUUCAUAUAUGGGUGGUAUGAGCAGACAUGCUAAAGGCAUCUCCUUUGUGUCUCUGUGUCCUCAUUCUGUGUCUCUAUUAAGUAUAUCCAUGUAUAUGUGUGUAUCUAUUAAAUAUAUCCAUGUCAAUGUGUAGUCAUGUUGUGUCUCUAUUAAGUAU